CCGAGCUCAGCCCGGGACUAUAAUUCAUGUUUAAUAUAAGGCGUUAUUUUCCACUACUUGUAUUCACAUUAAUCGUUUGUAAACAAUGUAAUGUGUGAGUUUUAAAUGGAGAAAUUGUAAUGGGAAUAACCAAAUAAUGGAGACAAUAACAAGGACAACCAUACCGGCCAGCGCCUACCCACGGUACAGAUACGCAGGGAAGUACGUCAAACCGUUUAUCAAAAGAUGUCAGAAACUACUACAAAAAUGUGGAAUUAGGGAUGACUUUAGUCUUCCUAAAUUUGAAAGUGUUAUACUAAAUAUACAGGCUCCACAAGAUACAAUUCUGAUCCACAAUGAGCAGUUAGUGGUUACAAAACCAGCAAUAAGUCAAGUCAGCAAGGAGUACCUUACAGUUGCCGAGUAUGUAGAGGAGGUUCUAGCGUCAUCCUCAGAUACGAGCGUUAAGGACCCGGUAAUUUUCAUUGCCAGUCAUACCAGCGCGAGGCGAGAGGGAAACAUCCCCGGUCAUUACCGGAAGUUCAUCGUUCUGAUUUCAGAAGAAGAAACCCCACAGCAGUUUUCAUGCGCAGAUAAUGAGUACAUUUGCGUGACAUCUCGAGCAAAGUUUUCCGAUACUAUUUCUUGUCUUCUUGAGCGAAUAGUUUUCAGAUUUUUGGAAGAAAGGUUGAAUGUGCUCAAUGUGUUUCGAAACAUCGGGCAUGAUGUUGAAUUAGAAGCAGCAUCCAGUUGGUCAAAACAAAAAUACAUUUCUGCAUUGUACAACGCAGCUUCAGACCUUGGGAGAUUUCUGAAUCCUGAAAAAAGCCCCAUAGAAGAUGUUCCAGUGUCAGCCAAAAGUUUUUACAAACGAAGGAGCUCGAACAAACUUGAACUGGGUGAGCUGCAAAAGAACCAUUUUAACUGCGGUCGGCCAGAUAUGUCAGAAGAAGAGGUUUUUACAACACAUGUAGAACUAGCACGUGCAAACCUACAGAAGAUCAGAGAGACGAUAUCGGAGGGGGUAUCUAUGUACGGAAGAAGCAAGGUCCCUGAUUUGGAACGACCCCAGGUCGGCACGAAGCCACGACAGGUGACCGAUGAGAUGGCGAGGGCUGUGUUCGACAAUGUUCAUAAUGCAGUUGGAUGCGGAUACCGCCUGGGGUCAUUCAACAUCUUCGUUAAAGAAACGGAAAUUGAACAAUAUUCAGAAGAAACGAUCCAAGAUAUUCGUUCUGUCCUCAAACCCUACGGAAUCACUGACUUUAUCUUGAGAAGCGAUCCGAAGGAAGUUAUGAUGUUUUCUGGUUGCAAAGUUGGAAGUGCAAUAUCCGCAAUGGGCGUUGGGACGCUAGGCGGAUUUGCCCGGAAAGGUAACGAAACUUGUGCUCUUAUUGCUAAACAUGUUGCCGGAGAAGUCACUCACUUGUCCUUGAUUGAUGAAAGAAAUAAUGAUGAAAUAGUAAUUGGAACAAUACUCACCCCAAGCGUAGACACUCCUCUGGUCGAUUUACCUGUUGAUAUUGCAGCAGCAACUUUGAACAACGUUACAACAGACACGCUGUUUAAGAAUUCCGAAAAAGAACCAAUGCAAAGUAGACUGUUUGAUUUUAUCAGUGGAGACAUUGACUUCCUAGAAGGGUUGCAUGUUUACAUAUGGGGUGCGAAGACUAAUCCAGGAUCAGGAAAAAUAACAAUGGCAGAAUUCAUUAGAAAUACCUUCACAAAGUGUAUCGCUAUUGAAGAUUUAGAUCCAGAUGAGGUUGAUGGCGAUGAAAAUCCACAACAUUUUGCAAAAGAAGGUGACAGUGGUUCUAUUGUGUGCGCUGAUGACAUGGACGGCCAAUGUGUGCAUGUGAUUUCAAUGUUAAUGGGUCUGAAGCUAAAUCGUGCAACAGAGAAAAGUAUCCCAAGACAAUACAUGUCCUUCUAUUUGCAACAAGGUCUGACACAAUUACAACAUGAACAUGGAGAACCAUUUCAACUAUGUUAAAAAUAUUUUAUUAAUUGAAUGAAUGUACAUUUGAAGGAAAAACUAUAUAACAGGUAUUUGUUGGUGUACAUACAUGAAGUAGUUUUGCUUUAAUUGCUAUUUGCUAUUCCUUUCAUUAUUUCAUAUACCUCCUACGUUUUCAUUUCGUUUGAUUAUGAUUGUAUUUUUUGUACACGUUCAUACAUUUUAUUUUCGAAUGCAUUAUACUCCAUUAAUUGCAUAACUUUGUUAAUAUAUUAUUAAUAAGACCUUGAGAUUUAGUAAGCACCUUAUUUAGAUAAAAGUUCAUAAAUAGAAUUUCAUGGUUAAUUUCAUUACCUUCGCUGCUAGAUUGUCGGACAAUGCUAGUACAAGCAAAAAACUCGGCAUCAUUGAUAACGUAUCCUCUGAACCCACACUGUGUGUAGUUUGGUUUGCUGUUCUCUUGUCAAUAUUUCCAAACAUCCGCUGUUGACCGUCAAUGAGUAUUUGAUCGCCGGUGAGUUCCGAAAUCCUUCUGUCGAUAACUGUCGAUGAGGGCCCCCAAAUAUUGUCUGACCUUCACUUUCGGUUAGUGCCGGGAAACCAUUGAUAUUCCAUGACUGUCGGUGAGUGCUCCUUAUACUGCCAGUUCUAAAAUAGAACAAAAGUCAACACCCGAUUGUCGGCCGUCCCUGCCCCAACAGAACAACAUAACGUGGCAUAGGUGCACAGCGAUACACGAAGUUCACAACGACUUUAUUAUAAAACAAAUAAAAUAUUGUAUUAUAAUAAUGACACUUAACCGCAUAGUCCAUCGCUGGGCUAAACCUUAAAGGGAUCAUGACCUUAAAACCGCUCAUACAAUGAUCAGUUAUUAGAUACUAUGGAUUGCUCAGGGGCGUCCAAGAGGGUACCACCAUGCAUCCUUUCGUUACUAUAAAGCCGCAAAACGUUACUUUCGACGAAUACAGAAAACUAAGCAAAUCGAGGAGAAAACUAAACGCUUGAUUGUUGAAAUACAGCGGCCAGACUUGCUUACAAAUAAAUCUGGAAACGACUGAGGAAGAGGAAAAGAAACACGCGUGUCGAAAAAAUAACAUACUCUGGUGAAAAUGAAAUCAACUGUUUUAAAAGCUAUCUUUUUAAAGUGUUUGAGGCAAAUGAUGGGCUAUCGAAUAGUUAUAAAAUGAAAAUAGUUGUGAUCAUAAUACAGAUUACCUAUCAUUAGACUUUACCGUUAAGGAGGUACAGCGUGCAAUCAAACCAUUAGAGAAACACAAAGCCCAUGAAAAGACACCAUUUAAAACACAAACGUUCUGUAUAGUGGUCAGGAUGUGUUAUCUACUGGUACCAUUUAAACGAACGCGGAAUAGCUUUCUAAAUGGAAAACCAGAAUACUUAUCCCGUUAUACAAAGGCAAAGGUAAGCUUAAAACCGACCCGCGUAGCUAUAGGCCUAUCUCUCAGAUGUCAUGUUUUAGUAAAGUAUACUCAAUACCUGGUACUUUUUAUUAUCAAGUCAAUCACUAUUCAAUCACUUCCAGAAUAAUGUAAUUUACUUAGUUUGAGUUUACGAAUUAGAAGUAAAUUAAUUUCCUUAGUUAAAUGAAAUGAACGCUAGGUGGCGUUGUAAGUUAGCACGAAGAAAACGAGGUAUUGGUCAGUGAAUUGGUCAUUCAGUUUCGGACAGUCAAACGGACAAGACUUAACUUUCUUUAAAAGAUUUACAGUUUUUGAUGGGCCUUGUGUUGCAUGGUUAUAAAUGUUUCACGAUUGUGGAUAUGUAUAACAAAUACAACAUAUUUUUUCAUAGUUUGUGGAAACGUUUCAAUUUGUAGAAUAUUUUAGUGUAUUCGAUAUUGAUAACUUGAAAUAUAUGUAUGUUUCUGAUUGUAUUUACAUGUGUGUGCAUUAUGUUGUUCA